CACACAGGAAAGGAGAACAGCGAUGUGUGCGGAUGUUGUUGGAGACGGUUGCGCGCUGCUCCACUGAGCAUCUGCGCCUUUAAAGGCUUGUGAGUGCGCACAGCUCCAACUUGUCCACAACUCUGACGCGCCUCGCAGUGCAGCGCAGAGGCACCUUAACCCCGCGGAGAGGCACCGUAACCCCGCGGAGAGGCACCGUAACCCCGCGGAGAGGCACCGUAACCCCGCGGAGCGGCACCGUAACCCCGCGGAGAGGCACCUUAACCCCGCGGAGAGGCACCGUAACCCCGCGGAGAGGCACCGUAACCCCGCGGAGAGGCACCGUAACCCCGCGGAGAGGCACCGUAACCCCGCGGGGAGGCUCACCUUCGCGGCUGGCCCCAUGGAAUAAUGACUAUGGAAUACCACUGGAUCCUGCUGUCUGUGUUUCUGCAGAUAACCUUCCAUCCAGGCGACACCAAGCCCACCGUCUCCCCCGCCGGCCCCCACCUCGUCGUCCCGCUCAAUGCGCCCUUCGAGCUGCGUUGCCACGGCGACACGGAGACGCAGUGGCAGCGGGAGGACCGGCCGAAGGUGCGGGGCGAGAAGCGGGUGGCGGGGACGUCCACGCUGCGCAUCGCCAAGGCUCAGCCCGUCCACAUGGGCCGCUACAUCUGCCUGGAGGAGAGCACCAAGGAGCGCAGCUCCAUCUACGUCUACGUGAAAGAUCCCGACAAUCCCUUCAGAAAAUCAAUGGUGUUCAACAUCCUGACUCGAGUGGGCGACAACGCUUCCAUCCCUUGCCUGGCAACCGAUCCGAGUCUGGACAACCUGCGCCUGGAGGCGUGCUCCGGCGGGGCUCCGGCCUCGGGCCUCCGGUCGUCUCCCAGCCUGGAGCGAGGCAUCGUCAUCCACAACACGCAGAAGGCCUUCGAGGGCUGCUACGUGUGCACGGGGCGCCUCGGGCGAGAGCGCGUCCAGUCACAUCGCUACUACCUGACAGUGAGACCGGUCCCUGUUGCUCCUCCUGUGAUUGAGAUGCAGGCGAACAAAAGAGUGAUUCUCACACGGAACGAGAGUCUCUCCAUCACCUGCAACACCACCAACGUCAACGCGGAAAUCGUGCUGAAGUGGCUCCCUCCUCCCGGCUCGCAACCAGCAAAGGUUGACACUGCUUCACGCAUCCGGACGGAGGACUUCAUUCACGUGCGCAGCGCCACGUUGCACAUCGCGGCGGUCGGACCUCAGGACGUUGGGACGUACCGAUGCGAAGCCCAGAACGAGAAAGGCGUCAGCUCGCAGUCGGCGAGGCUUGACGUCUACGAGAAAGGAUUCAUCCAUCUAAAACCCACCAUCAACGAAACCAUCCACGUGCGCUCAGGCGAGAGCUUGCCCCUGAAGGUCGAGCUGGAGGCGUAUCCGAGGCCGCGCGCCGUCCGCUGGAGCUUCAUGGGCCGCGUGCUGAGGAACACCACGGACCACGUCAUCAGCGCCAGCAGCCACCAGUACAGGUUCAGCAGCGAGCUGAGGCUGGUGCGCCUGAAGACGUCCGAGGGCGGAGUCUACACCUUUCAGGCCUCUAACGGCGACGCCUCCGUGAACCACACCUUCACCAUCUUCGUCAUCAGUAAACCUGAGAUUGUGUCCCACGAGGGUCCAGUGGACGGGCAGGUGCGCUGCGUCGCCGAGGGUUUCCCCGCCCCGCAGAUCACAUGGUACUACUGCGAGCAGCCCUACGCCAGGUGCUCCCAGCAGGUGAACGCCACCCAGGAGGAGCACAACGUCAUGACCGUCACGCUGUUCAGCCCCCUGUUCGGCAAGACGGAGGUGGAGAGCCGCGUGAACGUGAGCCGCGGCCGCUUCAGCACGCUGGAGUGCGUGGCCACGGUGGAGGGCGAGCAGGCCUACACGCUGUUCUCCAUCAGCGAGAGAACCGUCGGCCACGAUCUGUUCUCCCCGCUGCUCAUCGGCUCCGUGUCGGCGGCGGGCCUCCUCGUGCUCGUCCUCGUCCUGCUGCUCUACAAGUACCUGCAGAAACCCAAAUACCAGAUCCAGUGGAAGGUCAUCGAGGGCGUGCACGGAAACAACUACAUCUACAUCGACCCCGCCCAGCUGCUGUACGACCACGAGUGGGAGUUCCCGCGCAACAACCUGCGCUUCGGGAAGACGCUGGGGUCGGGGGCGUUCGGGAAGGUGGUGGAGGCCACGGCGUACGGGCUCUCCGAGGACGACUCGGCGAUGACGGUGGCCGUGAAGAUGCUCAAAACCAGCGCUCACGCCACGGAGAAAGAGGCGCUGAUGUCGGAGCUGAAGGUGCUCAGCUACCUGGGGAACCACAUGAACAUCGUCAACCUGCUGGGCGCCUGCACAGUCGGAGGCCCGACGCUGGUGAUCACCGAGUACUGCUGCUUCGGAGACCUCCUCAACUUCCUCCGCAGGAAGCGGGAGUCCUUCGUCUGCUUCAAGCCGGACGGGGACUGCUACUACCGCAACGUGGCGCCGCGCAGCCGCGCAGCCGGUGACAGCUUGGGCGGCUACAUGACCAUGAGGCCUUCUGCUGCGGGCCAGCUGCCGCCGGGCUCGUCCUCCGGGGAGCGGCGCUCGCCGCGCAAAGGCAAGAGACGCGUCCACGCGAGCGCGCGCUCCGGGCCGCGCAGAGAGGGAACAGAAGGGGGAGAAAAUGACCCUCGUCCCGUGUUGUUUUUGUCCCCUGCAGGCAUUUAUCUGAACAUCAGCUGCAGGCUCCCCGCCGGGGAGGCGGAGCCCAGUUCUCAGAUCGCCGCUCCUCACCGCGCCGACUCGGCCGGGAGCCGCGGCUCUCCGCCCCCGACCCGGCCCUUGCUGGUCCAGCACGAGGUCUUCCUGGAGGGGACGGCCCUCAGAGCCCAACGGGUGUGA